GCAGAAAAGCAGGAAAUUCCGAGAUGAAAAGACCUGGCCAGUUGCCACCUGCAUUUUUGGGGUUAUUGCCCAACGCGGCUUUAGAUAAUCAUAAACAGCGAGCAAAACAAUUCCUGCGGCUCCAGCAGCGAUCCCUGCACCGGGCUCGGCUCCCGAGUCAUUAAAGCGCUUUAGCAAAGGGUGGCUCAGCCGCCCCCGGCCAUCGGGGCAGGGUAUAAAUCCCCUCUCCACCCCGGCAUCUCCUCACUGCCUCUCCCGACUCCUCCUCUCCGCCUCUCUGAGCUCUCCCCCAGCACCACCAGGCGAUGGCUUCCACCCAGCUGGCCUGUGCCACCCCCUGCGAGCCCAAGUGUCCCCAACCUCUGGCCAGCAGCACCAACGAGCCCUGCGUGGUGACCUGCGGCGACUCUCGGGUCAUCAUCUAUGCGCCCCCAAAUAUUCCUACAGCUACUCCUCGCAAUGGACUCAUCCCUGCAAUUCCUACCGCUCCGGGAAGCGCUGGACGUGCUGAGCCCGGGGAAAGGGAAAUUCCGGGUGGAAUCCCAGCGGUUUUUUUCCCUUAGUUUAGAGCUGUUCUCCCGCAGCUUUGCGGCGCAGCCGUCUGCUCCCGCCGCGCUUUGGCUUAUCGCGGAUUUUUUUUUUCACUGGCACUGAGCUUAGAGAGGUGACUUGAAAUGCUCGGAAUUGCACACGGCAACCCUGCCAAAAAAAGGGAAAUUUCCCGUUUUUUACAGGAGGCAUCCCUUGGAUGCUGGUGAUUUGCCAGAGCCUCGCUGAACCCCCCGGAACGAUGCUCUUUGUGUCCUGUACAGUUUUGUUCCAGAAUUGUAGGAAAACUUCUCUUUCCAAAUAA